AUGGCCCCAGGUGUAUCCAGUUGUCAGUAUAGAGAAGUUCCUCUGUCCAUCUCCUUCUCUGGAUCUGGAUUCAUGGCCACCUACCAGUUAGGGGUUGCCCAGUGCUUACGAAAUUAUGCACCCGGGAUAGUGCGUGCAGCACCUUGCGUCAUUGGUGCAUCUGCCGGAUCUCUGGUAGCAGCUGCUGUAGUCUGUGAAAUCAGCCUGAUUGCCGUUUGUGAAGAGAUGCUGCAUUUUGCCAAACAGAUGAAGGGUCUAACACUUGGACCACUUAACCCUUCAAUCAAUGUUCUCCACUGGAUAAGGUAUAUUUUACAUAAACAUCUUCCUUCUGAUGCACACCAAAUGGCCAAUGGACGCCUCGCUGUGGCUAUGACCCGUCUGACCGAUGGCAAACAAACUGUCAUAUCUGAGUUCCACUCCAAAGAGGAUGUGGUACAGGCUCUGCUAUGUAGCUGCUUUGUGCCUGGUUACUGCGGUAUACUGCCUCCAUCCUUCAAAGGAGUACAUUAUGUGGAUGGUGGUUUCAGCAGCAUGCAGCCUCUACCCUGCAGUCACACCUUAACAGUGUCUCCAUUCUCUGGAGAGACAGACAUCUGUCCUGCAGACACACCGUGCAUGUGGGACAUGGUAGUGAGUGGAACCACCUUAAAAGGCAACAUGGCUAACAGUUUCAGGAUCUUCAAUGCCCUGUACCCCAUGGCUUUAGAGACUCUGGAACAAGCCUACCAUAGCGGCUACAAAGAUGCCAUUCAUUUUCUUCUGAGCAAUGGUCUUGCCCCAUAUUUGAUGAUACACAAAGUAUCCCAAGGGGCCCACAACUAUAACCAAACUAAAACGUUGAUACACCUGGAGACCACUACGGAGGAAGAGGAGGAGAUGAAGGUGGAAAACAAGACCACUACGCUGAAAUCUUUAACAGACAACAAACGCGUGCAGACAAGCAGUUCUUCCACUGAACACCAAUCGACGGGAAAAUUGACGACUAAAGAACCUCCUCUCCCUUUUGACACAGUAAAAAAUGUGCUGCUGGGCAACCUGGUGACAUAUCUGAGCAUGUUUGGACUUCUUGCAAGAAUUGUAUCCAGCUUGCUCCUACCUCUCAUGCUGUCGUUCUUAGCUGUGCUCCGGAGUAGGCGCAGACUGGAGUUGUUGUUCAGGCAGGCUCCAAAGUUGGUUGUCUGGGUUUGGCAUGUCCUGAGACAUUUUACCUUCUUCUUUUUCAACAUUUUUGUCUGUAGCCUCAAGAAGAACAUAAAAGACAGGGUAAUGCCCAUUAUCUUGCUGUUGCAAUGGCUGAAAGUUCAAGCAGAAUAUGAGGUUCCUCGAAGACAGAGGCAUUCGACACCUCGCCAUAAGCUUUCCUCUUCUGCCCACUCAGAAGAUGCCAGGCACAGAAGUCUGCACAGACGGUUUGUCACUCCAUCACGGCAUUACAAGAAACCAGAAUUACAGAGAGAGCCUCUGACUCUAAACACAGCUCACCCAGCAGAAAUGUAAAAAAUGUAUUCUGUGUACAGCUGGUCGCAUGUAUUUUGUAAAGUUAGGCUUUUUCUGAGUGCAUAUUUCCAUUGACUGCAGCACUGAAGAUACUUGAAGGUUUAGUUUGGUUCCAU